AAUUUUCCAUCAUUUUCCUCAUCACAUUCUUUUUAACCAGCGUUUCUCUCGUCUUUCUUCUCCCGUCCUCACCACUACCGCCUUAGGCCACCGCUGCUGGCACUCUUGUCCGUUUGGGUUGCUUGUUUGUUUAGUUUUCCGAGGAAUUUUUUCAUUUCAAUAAACCAGAAGAACAAUGGCCAAGAAGAACAAGGAGAAGAAAGUGAACGUAUCGGGUAAACCGAAGCACUCCCUAGACGUGAACCGAAGCGAUGACAACAAAGAUUCUAGAAGCGCCGCCACUGUCCGCCGCCUCAAGAUGUACAACACGCGGCCCAAACGUGACAGUAAAGGGAAAAUUUUGAGCCAUGAGUUUCAGUCUAAAGAAUUGCCCAACACCCGUAUCCAGCCCGACCGCCGCUGGUUCGGGAACACCCGAGUUGUGAAUCAGAAAGAGCUAGAAUUUUUCCGGGAAGAGCUCCAAAGCCGGAUGUCAAGCAAUUACAAUGUCAUUUUGAAGGAGAAGAAAUUGCCCUUGUCUCUCUUAAAGGACCAUUCCAAGCAAGCCAGAGCUCAUCUUCUGGACACACAGCCUUUUGAGGAUGCAUUUGGACCUAAGGGGAAGAGGAAGCAUCCAAAGCUCCUAGCUGCAGAUUACGAGUCUUUAGUGAAGAAAGCAGAUGGCUCUCAAGUUGCCUUUGAGCAGAAGUAUGGUGCCUCUACUUCUGCAGAAGCAGGUGAGGCAGAUGGAUUCCGUGAACUGGUUCGACAUACAAUGUUUGAGAAGGGUCAAAGUAAACGUAUAUGGGGUGAACUCUACAAAGUAAUAGACUCAUCAGAUGUUGUUGUCCAGGUUUUGGAUGCUAGGGACCCACAAGGUACAAGAUGUCAUCACUUAGAGAGGCAUUUGAAAGAACAUUGCAAGCAUAAACACAUGAUUCUUCUGUUAAACAAGUGUGAUCUUGUUCCAGCUUGGGCAACAAAAGGGUGGCUUAGAGUUUUAUCCAAGGAAUAUCCAACUCUAGCAUUCCAUGCUAGCGUUAACAAGUCUUUCGGCAAGGGUUCUCUUUUAUCAGUACUGAGACAAUUUGCCCGCUUAAAACGUGACAAGCAAGCGAUUUCUGUUGGAUUUAUUGGGUAUCCUAAUGUUGGCAAGUCUUCAGUUAUAAACACACUCCGCACAAAAAAUGUUUGCAAGGUUGCUCCGAUCCCAGGGGAGACUAAGGUGUGGCAGUAUAUAACACUCACUAAAAGGAUUUUCUUAAUUGACUGCCCCGGGGUUGUUUAUCAGAACAGUGACACAGAAACGGAUAUUGUGCUGAAGGGGGUGGUACGUGUCACAAACUUAGAGGAUGCUGCUGAACAUAUUGGAGAAGUUUUAAAGCGUGUGAAGAAGGAGCACUUGGAAAGAGCAUACAAGAUAAAGGACUGGGUUGAUGAAAAUGACUUCUUAGUCCAGCUAUGCCAAUCAACCGGUAAACUUUUGAAGGGUGGUGAACCUGAUUUGAUGACUGGAGCAAAGAUGAUUCUUCAUGACUGGCAGAGAGGUAGAAUACCCUUCUUUGUUGCUCCUCCAAGACAAGAAGCCGAUGCCUCUUUAGAGGAACCCACCGUGCACGGAAUAGACAAGGACACCGUGGCUGAUAAUAAUCAGGCCGAUGCUGCUUUUAAAGCCAUUGCAAAUGUUAUGUUGUUCCAGCAGCAAAAAAGUGUACCUGUUAAAACAGAUCUCUUCAGUGAGAAUGAGCUCGUUGGUGAGGCAGGCAACCAGCUCGCCACGAUUGAGAUGGCAGGUGAAGUUAGAGCAUCCGACGAUGGGGUUGGAGGUUCUAGCUCAGAUGAACCAUAGACUUAUUGUUGUAGAAAGAGAUGAAAGGCUCUUUCUGUUUUUUUGUAGUUGGGCUUGUUUGUUGUAACUGGGAUAUUCUUUUUCCUUUUUAUUUGAAAGAUAUUGUCAGAGUUAUAUUAAAUUUUUGUGUUUUAGUUAUAAUUCAAGAAAGGAAAUUUUUAAUUGUGGGCAA